GUCUUCUAUGCCGGCAAGGCGCCGCGUGGGGUCAAGACGGACUGGAUCAUGCACGAGUACAGGCUCGCUGACGCCGGCCGCCGCGCCAAGAAGGGGUCGCUCAGGUUGGAUGACUGGGUGCUGUGCCGGCUGUACAACAAGAAGAACGAGUGGGAGAAGAUGCGGCUGGGGAAGGGGGCAGUCGUCGGCGCAGCCAAAGAGGAGGAGGCCAUGGACAUGAGCACCUCCCACUCGCAGACCCACUCGUGGGUCGAGACGCGCACGCCGGAGUCGGAGAUCGUGGACAACGACCCGCCGUUCCCUGAUUCGCCGGCGCCGGCACCCGCGAUGAUGGUGCCCAAGAAGGAGCGGGUGGACGACGGCGGCAGCGCCAGGACCAGCGACCUGUUCGUGGAUCUCAGCUACGACGACAUCCAGGGCAUGUACAGCGGCCUCGACAUGCUGCCGCCGGCCGGCGAGGACUUGUACUCCUCGCUCUUCGCGUCGCCCAGGGUCAGGGGGAACCAGCCCACCGGAGCCACGGGGUUGGGCUUGGGCCCCUUCUGA